GCUCACCCCAUCUUCCUGAGGCUCCACAUACAGCUCAUCACCGAUCCUCGACAGGGAGUGGAUGGCUUUGGCGAGCACUUGACGUGUGUAAGAUCUGAGGAACGCUGCCGUGCGCCAUCCCUCCUCCCAUCACUGGUGACUGCUGGAGAAGAGGUGUGACUAGAACAGUCUUCGUGUACUGAAACCUCAGACAUUUGAUGAAAGAGAGAGACUUUGAAGGGACUCAAGAGGAAAAAGUCAGAAGUUCUUUUGAGUUUGGCUCGGCUUUGUGCCAAAAAAACACAAACAGAGAGAGUGACUGCUGCUUGAACUUUUGAGGAUUAUGGAGAAGUGGAAAAAGAAACGUUUCUAUCCUUGCUGAGGAGGUUAAAUUUUAAGAAAUGGAUCUGUCUUGAUAUUUGCUGUGAGAAACUAUUAAGCCAAUGAUGGGAAAAGUUUGGAGCAUGAAGAGAGAGGGAAACAUCCCUACAGGAGUCUUAACAACAACAGCUGGACACAGGGGUGACAUGAUUUUUUCAUGAUUAAUUUCUUUUGUCUGGAUAUUCAGAUUUCUUUUCACAGCAACACAUUACAUUAGACUGUUUGAAAUCUAUAGUGGACUUUAUUGCGGUGUUCACGUCUACUCAUUGCUGACAUGCCUUUCUGUGACUUCUGGAUUUGAUACACGGCAGUUUUCUUCCUAGAUGUCUCAGUCACAUAAUCAAACAGACACUCAGGCCUUGCUGCAGUCCAUGCUGCAGAGACUGAAGCUCCAGCCAGUGAAAGAGGGGCAGCCCUUGCUAAACACACCUGUACCCAACACAGCUGCUUCCACAUUGAAGGAAGAUGGAGAGAGAGGAGCCUCCAACCUCCAGAAAGUAAACAACAGUCCUGUAAAUAGCUUUGAGUUAGGGACCAAUGGUAUCCCAUCAAGAGAGUUUGGGAUCUCUGCUGCGGACAGUAGUUUUGGCCUCAAAGGUGGGGAAAUACAGCAACCAGGUCAUGACAGGGGCCUCAUUUCCUUUCCCUCCCAGAAAGACAACAUUGAUAAUGACACGGGUGAGAACAGGGUGUGGGGACAGGCCACAUCGCCUGGGAUCACCCCAACAGGAACAGGACAGCUGUUUCCCGCUAAAUCACUUAAGGAUGCUGAUACCACUUCCUUUGAGAGGACUGACGGUGAAAUGGUGAGUUAUGGCAGGUCUCCAAUGACAGGACACAUUCCUGGUAAUAAAGAUGCUGUCACAAUGUUGGGACAGAAUCAGGUCCAGGAUCAGGGCUUUAAACCCAAGGGUUACAAGUGGUCCUUGACGCCCACAGAUGCAAAUCUUGACACGCAAAGUCAAGAGAAUAAAGUCCUGCAUGUGGGAUAUGGAGGCUUGGGAGCUUUGGCACAGAGUAAAGACAUACAGUUUGUUGCAAAUAGCCAAAAAACAACAAACAGCAGCUCUAGAAGAAAACAGCGAUCAUCUGAGAAUAAAACGAGGAGAUGGACGCAGAAGAUUAAGGAGAGAUGGUUGGACAGGACGGGGAGUUUUGGCAAAAAGGGAAAAGGAGAAGGUGGGAGAGUAGACCAGAAAAGUGAGGAAGGAACUGAGACUUCACCUCCAAACCAGCUACUGAGAGCAGAAAAUCUCAUCAAUACAUCAAAUAAGGAGGAAGGAAGGACCGUCCUUCCAUCAGACAGCAGUGAUCCCAGUAAACCUCAUCCUGCACACACAGAGGACAGCACUCUUGAUGGGCAUGUCAGGUCCUCUAGUGAUUUUGAGUUCGGCCUGGGCUCAUUCAGCCUUCUCGAGGAGAUCGUCACAGGUCAAGAGUGGGCAAAGUUCCUUAACCCCAACCCACCGGCCACCUCAGCCAAUCACAGACCAUCGGAAGAGCAGCUGAGCCAACUCCAAAUGCAGGACAACAGCCCAUGGAGCUUCAGGGGCACAGAGUCAUCACCAGUUUCAGAUUUCAGUAUGGCACAAAUAUCACCUGAUGCUUUCCUACCUGUCAGCAUGGACAUGUCAGCGGGAAAACGACAGCAGUAUGUUCACACAGCAGCUAAUCUAUCAGAACCGAUGGAAGAUUUGCAGUCUGGAGAGAGAGGACGGGAACAACAACCUAGACCUCCAUCCUUUGUAGAGCCAAAAUACAGUCUGGACAACUCAGCGCUGAAGAGAGUCCACCUCAACAGAAAGAGACACCAUCAGUCAGCUGAGAGGAGAGACGAGAGGCUUCAAACUGAGAUAAUAAGUGACGUAAGAGAGGCAGGCAGAGGGGCGUCUAUAUCUUCACUGAGCAUGACCAGCAGCCAUUUGAUGGAUGAAACAGGAGAGUCACAACAUGAAAUUGUCAUGCCGUUACACACCCUAAACUCUUCUCCUACCCCUCUCUCUCCAUCCUGUUUUAAUCCUUUUGCUCCUGCACCUCGGGGGGUCCUCAAACACUCAAUAUCCCAGGAUUCAGAGUCCUCAAUGGAAACAGUGACAAAAAGGAGGCGAGUUGAGGAGAACCGCCGGGUUCAUUUUUCAGAGGAGGUGCUGACCAUUGCUGCUCCUGAGCUGGAUGUGGAUGCUACAGACUCAGAGGAGGAUUCGGGAGCAGAGGAGGACUCUGUGAUAGAGCAGGAGUGUGAGGUGGAGCAGGCAGCGGUGGAGGAGGUGGCAGCAGUGCGUCGGCCCGCCCUCCCUACCUGGAUACGGGCUCUGAAGAGAAGGAACAUGGGGAGGAAGCACAGAUAGUGACUGUGAAACUACAAAAAAGAGCAUUUAGUCUCACACACUUGUUUCUAUUUAAAUAAAUGGAAAAAAAAGAUUUAAAUUUGGUAAGAUAUUGAGUUUGCCUCAGAAGCAACUUCAUUUAGUUUGAAGACUCUUUUUAAAUAAACCAACAGUAUCACAGUAUUUGUAAAAACCACAAAACAUAUAAAUGUUUGUUGACUGGACUUUUUUGGACACUUAAAGCAGUUUUUCUGAGCUGCACCCUAUAUUCAAAAAUGGCAGCACAUUUAACCUCCUCAUCUCACAAGGACUUUGAUGUUUAAACAUCAACUGCAGAUUAUUAAUUUAAGUGGAUUUCUUUCCUUUUUUUUUUUACCCUCGACUGUUUUUAAGGCCAUGCUCUCCAGUGUCUGUAUAUUUAGACUGGAUUAUAUAUUGACAGUGUUGUACCAGCUUUUACAGCUUUUGUGUGUGUUGCCCUCCUCCUUCAAUAUCACACUGGAGAGCAGCCCACUACAAUGUGGUCUGCUGUCUAUGGCACCGACUCAUUCUCCAUAUCCUCUGCUUCUUGGUAAUGGCUCCCUGUCUGGCCAUCCUGACAAUUAACCCCAGAGGGGGAAAGAGAUAUGACUUGGAGCUGAAGCAGUGAUUUCUAAUUUGUCUGCUACUCUCGGUUGAACGCUUGAAAUGGUGAAACCCUAUUUUGGAGCCAUUUUCUUACUGGAGUCAGAGGGAAGCACUUUUUAUUUUUUUUAUUUUAGUCGGACAGUAUUUUUUACUCUCUGUCUCCUGUUUUAUAGACUGGGCUUAGAGCUACAGUGAUGCAUCCAUGUGAGUGGAGCAACAAGGUUAAGAAAAACAUUAAAGGAAGAUUUCAACAUUUGGGAAAUAUGCUUAUUUGCUUUCUUUCUGUGAGUUGGAUGAGAAGACUAACACAACAUAUAAAACUAUGUAUAAUUCAGAGUUUCUGCUGGCUGCCUGGCCAGCUGCUGCACCCAGCCAAAAACAAAUGGUCUGGUGCAUAAUCCCACAUUAAAACUUCACUCUGUCAUUUUUACUCAUUGGUUUUUGUACGGAUUAAAGAAAUGAGAUAUAAUAUGUUAACUAUUCAGUUUUAGAAGUGCAGGUUGCCACAGCCAGGUUAGCUGUUUCCUCCAUCCUUUGUGCUAAAUUAUGCUAACUGGCUGCUAGCAGUACUGUAGCUUCAUAUUUACAGUACAGAUAUGACAGUGGUAUCCUUCACCUCUUAAAGUCACCCUCCCACCAUCUUGUUAUCCUGGGCAAGGGUGCUGGAUAAUGUGUGUUAACCCACUUUUUAUUUACAUUGUCCCCUCUACAUGAAAAACUAGAUAACAUUAAAAAACAAACCCUCCUCCAGCUACCUCAUUAUUCAUAUUUAUUAUAAAUGCUUCUACAUACAUCUGAAAAAGUGACAGUAUCUGCCAAUUCACGUUUCAAAAUUACAAAACUGUGUGCAUGGACACACACAUCCAGUCUUAUUAGGCCUUCAAAUGUUGUUGAGUCAGAAAACUUUUUUUUCAUUCUAUCUAUUCUGUCAUUUC